ACCGCGCUUGUAUCGAAAGAUUUCGAUUAUUCGACUGUUCGUACUCGAUUGUUAGCAAUGAAGCUAGGUACCACUGUAAAGAUAAAUAAUAGUGAAAAGUUCUUUGUUAGCGUUUGUUAGUUUGUACCGUUGCACUGUGGAUCCACUUCGAAAAAAAUAUUUUCACUCAAAAAGACACAGUGUGAAUACAGGGAAAUGAAUUUAGAAUUUGUUCGUACAUUCCAAUUGGUGGAAUUUAUUGAAAAAGGUCCUAAAAAGGUGAGACGUGUGGACUGUGUUCCAACCAAAUGGAUACGCUAUAACAGCAUUAAAAAAAGAUAUGUCUCAAAGUUCAUGCCUCCACCGUACGACACCGAUGAAACUAAUGCAAUUUUACAUAAAUUGGUUGAAUGCGAGUUGGACGCACCAGAUCAUUGGCCGGAGUACACUAUAAAGCUUGUUGGUGAUGAACAAACUUAUUGUGAAGCAGUUAACAAGUUAAAGAAGUUAAAUACCCAAGAGUAUGUGUACAGCAGUGGAUCCGAAAUUCAUUCAAAGGAUAAAGCUGCUGCUGUCGCCAAGGAAAUAAGAGCCAGAGAAAGCCGUCCGAACCUAAAAUCGAUUUUGGCUGUACCAACCCUUAAGAAAAAUUUUGAGCCAUGCAAGAAAAUUUUACAAACAUCUACUGAAGGCAACAGUGUUGAUCCAUUAUUUUUAAAUGAAGAGUUUGACACCGAAAGUUCAACUGACUUUGAUUCGACUCAUAACUCGUUCGAAGUGAACGACAAUAAAAUCCAGUCAAAAAUGAAGGGAAAGGGAGGCAUCAAAGGUUUUCCAGCAAAAAAUCGACCAAAAAUGAAAUUAGUAGCCGAAAAUAAAUCUUCGGAUAACGCUGAGAAAAAAUAUGACUUGCUGAUAAGGGAAAUUAGGGGUUUGAGGGCUGAAAUUAGAGAAGUAGAGGCUAAUCAAGACUCUCUGAUGAAUAUGUUCGAGGCUGUCUCCUGUACAAACUACGUCCCAAAGAAAUCAUUUGCAGAAGAAUACAGUUUGACAUUGCCAUUUAAUAAAUUGCAGGAAUUUGCAGACUUUGAGAAUCGAUUAGCAACGGAUGAAAAUUGUUGCAAAGAAUUCAAAGGUUCACUGGCGUUAUCUUUUGAUAAAAAAAUCAUGCGCAAGACAGUUAACAAUAUUUUAAAGAAAUAUUUCCACAAAAAUGUAAGCAGCCAGUUCACAGCUGUAAAAAGAGUCGCAACAAAACUAGUUUUUAAAGAAUACCACAUGUGCAAAUGCAUUAUCGAUGUACUUGCAGAGAAAUAUAAAUGUUCAGAGGAGGAAGUUAUUUCUGACAUCAGCACUGUUUUGAGUAAUGUUAAGGACUGGGACGGAGGCAGAAAACUCAGACCAAGCGCAACACUAGCAUCGAACUGAGUGAAAUUAUCGCAUAUCCAGUUCUCGUUUAUAUGUAUUCGUAAAAAAUCAUGCAUUAAUGAAAUAAAAUGCAAUUUUUAAGCC